GGUGUAGCGCGGGGCCGCUCGGGUAUCCAGAAAAUGAGAAAGCGUUUAUGAAUUUGGGAUCCUGUUCGGAUAUAUCAAGAUUGGGCAGUGUAAUCCACGAGCUUGGACAUGUUUUGGGAAUGGUGCACACACAAAUGCGAGGCGACCGUAAUAACUAUCUAAAUAUGAUCUACGACAACAUCAAGCCAACAACAUUGAAGAAUUUUGCUGUUAGACACUACUC